GUAGAUCUUAGUGUCUAAUGUAGCUCUUUCAGUGUAUAAAUAGCCGUCUGCCAACCACGUGCUUAUAUCUUCUGAAUUUCUCACUUCUUCUCAGUUAGAGGGAUACUUUAUAACCUCGCCAAGUGUAACAAGCAAUCGUAAACAAGAAAGAGCACAGCACGUCCACAAUUAUUGUAUGGAGACUCAUUGCGUCAUAGAACGAAACGAACGCCUUCCAGCAUCCCAGAAUUCAGUGCGCGAGCUGCAGCGCACUGACAAAGAAAAAAAGAAAAACAAGGGUGGGAUUUGCACAAUACCUCGCAUCAACAAUAAUAGUCGAGACAAAGGCUAAUCAUCAUGCUGCAAAGGAACUGAGUGAGCAAGGCCAGCUGAUGUUUAAGGGAGCUUCUGCACACUCUGAGUCAAAAAGAGAGUAUAAGCUGAAGGGCUAGGUUCGCUCAGUCUGUGCCAAUGCAGCAGCACAGCCGGCAGCCCGACCUAGUGGAAGGAAGACUUCCAGUGUUUGUGUUCCCCACUGAGCUGUUUUUUUAUGCAGAUGAGCAGGCUUCACACAAGCAGGUGCUUACCCUCUACAACCCAUAUGAGUUUGCACUCAAGUUCAAAGUUCUGUGCACAGCACCAAAUAAGUACGCGGUAGUGGAUGCCACCGGUGCUGUGAAACCACAAUGCUGUGUGGACAUAGUGAUCCGGCACCGAGAUGUGCGGGCCUGCCACUAUGGCGUGAUCGAUAAGUUCCGGCUGCAGGUGUCUGAGCAGAGCCAGAGGAAAGCUCUGGGCCGGAAGGAGGUGAUGGCCACGCUGCUGCCCUCAGCAGCUCAGGAGCAGCCUCAAAGCCGGCCCCAGGAGGAGGAGCGCAGGAUGAAGGAGCAGCUCACUGACAGCUUGUUCUUUGAGCAGACUGCAUUCCAGACAGAGAGCCGGGCAGCGUCAGGGGGCCCCAGCCUGCUAACCGUCCUGUUGGGCCUAGUGUGUAUGGCUGCCCUUAUGCUCCCUACUCUGGGAGAGCAGGCAUCCACAGUGCCUGUCUACCUCCACUUAAGUGUUAAUAAGAAACUCGUAGCUGCUUACGUGUUAGGUCUUCUUACAAUGGUUAUCCUUCGCACAUGAAGUGCCACUGUCUGAUGACUUUGUACAGAGAGGAACUGAAGAAAAAGAGGGGAAAUAGACAUUUGCACAACCAGAAGAGUUGUGAAAAAAGGGGUGAGCCCAUGGGAUAGAUAAAAGCCACCCUUUUAACAGGAACUAACUGCUUAAAUGACAUUACAAACAUGUACGCCCAAUGAAGAUGCAAACAUCAUGGGGCGAGGGAGGGAUGUACUCUUAAGUGGACACCCAGAAACACUGACUGAGCUGGCGACUGAGCCACGCUGACUAUCAGGGAUGGCGGGAAGGGGUUGUGUGCAUAACCGUGAGGAAUAUGUUAAAUUAAAUGUGUUUUACUUCA